UACCCGUUUAUCAUUAGCCAAACUGGAAAGGCUGACGGUGAUUGCUACAUUGGCCAAUGGCCGCCAGCCGCCAUCCUCAUUUUCUCGAGUGCCGUCGGCCUUUGCCCAACCGCGAAAACCGUCCCCCACAACAAAUCCAGUCAUCUUUCAAGUUUCGUUGCCAAAACUGAAAUUUGAUUCGGUUUUAAGGUUAUUUGGAUCUAGGUCGCCCUCAUAAUCUUCCUCUUUGGAACAAAUCUUCCGCUCUGCGGCUGUGGGAUUUUGUUGGCGUUAAAAAAAUAGAAGGAAUGGUUUCAGCUUUGGUUUCUAUGUCAUACUCUCCUCUCAACGCACGCAACGACGACAGGAACAGUUGGAGUAGAAGCACCGGCUGUAGUUCCUUGCGAUCUUUUCAGGCAUUUCCGAUUUCUUCUGUCGAUGAUGAACAAGCAAGAAGAAAUAGAAGGGUAGCUUGUGCUUGUGUCGCACCGCCUCAGGACUUGACGCCCGCCAAAUCUAUUGGUGCACAGAAGCUAGAAAACUUGAGUGUCAAGAAGGAGCUAGGGGAUGAAUCAGAUGUGCUCAUUGAAUGUAGAGAUGUCUACAAAUCCUUCGGGGAAAAGCACAUCUUAAGAGGUGUGAGCUUCAAGAUUAGGCAUGGCGAGGCUGUUGGAAUUAUUGGGCCAUCUGGAACAGGCAAGUCAACCAUCUUGAAGAUUAUGGCUGGGCUUCUUGCUCCAGACAAGGGUGAGGUUUUCAUUCGAGGUAGAAGACGACAUGGUUUAAUAAGUGAUGAGGAAAUAUCUGGUCUUAGAAUUGGCCUGGUGUUCCAGAGUGCAGCACUUUUUGAUUCUCUGACUGUUCGUGAAAAUGUUGGUUUUUUGCUAUACGAAAAUUCCACUAUGCCUGAGGAUCAAAUUGCAGAGCUUGUAACAGAGACUCUAGCUGCGGUUGGAUUGAAGGGAGUUGAGGACCGAUUACCUUCUGAAUUGUCUGGUGGGAUGAAAAAGAGAGUUGCUCUGGCCCGUUCCAUAAUUUUUGAUACAACUAAGGAUGCGAUAGAGCCUGAGGUGCUCCUGUAUGAUGAGCCAACAGCUGGUCUAGAUCCAAUUGCUUCCACUGUUGUUGAAGAUCUCAUUCGCUCUGUUCAUAUGAAAGGUGAGGAUGCACUUGGGAAGCCUGGGAAGAUUGCGUCCUAUGUAGUUGUCACUCAUCAACAUAGCACAAUCAGAAGAGCUGUUGAUAGGCUGUUAUUUUUGUAUGAAGGAAGAGUUGUUUGGCAAGGAAUGACUCAUGAGUUUUCUUCAUCAACAAAUCCGAUCGUUCAACAGUUUGCAUCCGGGAGCUUGGAUGGGCCAAUUAGGUACUAGGUCCGACAAGUCUAUGCAUUCAGAUCCAUUGAUGCAGGGAGAGUUUUCUUAAGCGAGAUCAUUGAUGAUUUAGAUGGCUUCUUUUUCAUGGUGGAAUUGAAUCUUAGGCCAAUUUUUCCUGGCAGAGCAGAAUACAAAGUUUCAGGAUUGCUCCUCUAAGUACCCCCACAAUUUUAUGUGACAAGAGCAGGCAAGUUGGUUUACUACCUGCCUGUUGCCGGUGCUUUUAUGCUCUUUUGCUUCUGAUGGAGUUGUGAGGUUGAUCCUGUGUCAUAUGUUCCUCCAUCAAAGGCAGUGUAUACUGUACUAUGUGAAUUCAUUAAAAAAGAAAUGAAUAAAUUGCAGUGAACUGAUUGUGUUGCUUACUUUUGUAGAAUUUUUCUGUCUUAUUUUCUCUGUUUGUAAUGUUUAGGAGCUGAGUAAGCGGUUGUUGCUUUGCAAUGCACAGCAUGUCUAGCUUCUGCUUCUUUAGAUUUGAACUUAAAGGAUUCCUCUGUAAAGUAAUAUGAGGUUGGAUCA